CUGAACUGGAAAUUCAUAGGGGCACCCCAGUAGUCGUGAAAAUAGAGAACCCCAACAAGUGGUCCAUGGUGGAGCUGAAAUCCCCUUCCCGCGAAGACUUCAUCAGCCAAAUCGACGCCGUCGGCCCGCCCAAAGAGGCCCGCAACAGGAACGCCAGGCAGCUCACCUGGGUCCUCCUCCUCAAGGCCAAUCGAGCCGCCAGAUGCCUCGCCUCCAUCGCCGCCGCAUUCCUCUCCCUCGCCUCCGCCGUCGCCCGCCGCGUCUCCUCCGGUCGGAUCGACUCCGACGACACUCCGGCCGUCAAUUCGAGAUUCUACGGCUGCAUCAAGGGCUUCCUGUGGCUGUCCUUAGUGCUGCUCGCGUUUGAGCACGCAGCCUAUUUCAAGGGCUGGCAUUUGGGGCCGCCCGAUCUUCAGCUCCAUCGCCUCUAGGCACUAACAGAUCCGUUUUCGGUUAAGACCGCGUUUGGAUGGCUCUAUUCCAACUGGGUUGUUAUCAGGGUUCUGUACCUUGCUCCUCCCCUUCAGCUGCUGGCCAAUGUCUGUAUCGUGCUCUUGCUCAUCCAGAGCUUGGAUUGAUUAAUCCUCUGUUUGGGUUGUUUCUGGAUCAAAGUUAUGAAUAUCAAGCCCGUUGCCAAACAGGGUCUUGUAGAUGCAGAGUCCGGAGAUGGUGGUGGCUAUUUUCCUAUGGUCUUAGUUCAGAUUCCAAUGUGCAAUGAGAAAGAGAUUUACCAACAAUCUAUUGCCGCUGUGUGUAAUUUGGACUGGCCUAAGGGCAAAUUGAUGAUUCAAAUUUUGGAUGAUUUUGAUGAUCCAACCACACAAUCGAUGAUUAGAGAGGAAGUUUGUAAAUGGCAGCAGAAUGGGGCGAGUAUUAUAUACAGGCAUAGAGUGAUUAGGGAGGGUUAUAAAGCCGGCAAUCUUAAGUCGGCCAUGAAUUGUAGUUACGUGAAAGAUUACGAAUUCGUUGCCAUAUUCGACUCUGAUUUCCAGCCAAACCUAGAUUUUCUUGCAAGAACCGUUCCUCACUUUAAGGCGAGAUGGUUGUUCGUGAACAAGGAUGAAAAUCUGCUGACUCGACUACAGCUAAUUAAUUUAGCCCACCUCCACGGAUGGAAAUUCAUCUUUCUCGAUGUUGAGUGUCAAUGCGAAUUGCCCGAGUCUUACGAGGCUUACCGGAAGCAACAACACCGAUGGCAUUCGGGGCCUAUGCAGCUGUUCCGACUCUGUCUGCCGACCAUUUUUCAACCAAAGAUAAGCUUGUGGAAGAAAUUCAACAUGAUAUUCCUCUUCUUCUUGCUGAGGAAGUUCAUACUUCCCUUCUACUCCUUCACACUCUUCUGCGUCAUUCUCCCGAUGAGCAUGUUCAUACCGAAGGCCAAGCUCUCUUCAUGGGUCAUAUGCUUUCUUCUGCUGGCGGCCUCGGCUAGAAGCCUCUUGUCUUCUCAGAGGAUACAUUUUUACUUCCUGCUGUUUCAAGGGGUGGCGUUCUUGCUUGUGGGUUUGGACUUGAUAAGGGAGCAGGUGGAGUAAAUAAUGAAGAGUUCUUUUGUCUGAUGUUUAGUGGAAAGUGUAAAUUUGGUAGUGAUUUGUCUGUCGUCUGGGGUUGCAUGAGACUGGAUGGCGAGAGGUGGACAUGGAAUGCUGUACAACUUGUGAAUAUGGAUGAUGGGCUGAAUAGAAAAUUGUGCAUGAGAAAUUUGUAGCCCCUUUUUUACCAUUCUGUUUAUUUUGUUUUUGUCCAUAUUUCUUCCUUUUAAUUUUGGAUACUUUUGGUCUUUUGCUUUUUGUAAGGACAAAAUGGGGUGACUGAAAAUAUAAACAUGGUAGUUGUCCCAAUAUGAACAAAGUGAGAAACACCUUUCCACCUGAUAUCUGUGAUUCAUUACUCAGCAUAGCUACUCUCAAUCCCAAUUACCCUAACAGGUGGACCUGGAACCUAAACAAGAAAGGCAUUUUCUCAAUUAAGUCCACUUAUGCUCACCUCAUUACAGAAAAAUUUCUUCUUCUGGAUCAACCACAAGGAAGCAAUGCCAGAGCUUGGGAAAUUAAGCGGGAAACUUAAGGUAAUGGGGAAGGUAAAGCAUUUUAUCUAGAAAAGUGCAUUACCUGCUAGCCUCAAUUUGAGAUUUAGAGGAGUUGAACUCGAUGUGAUCUGUGCUAUGUGUGGUGAGGAUGAAGAAUCAAUUGCGCAUGUACUCUUUCACUCCAACCAAGCCAAACAGGUGUAGAAACUUGCCCCAGUUGACUGAGUUGGCCCACAACAACAUGAAUCUUUCAAAACUUGGUGGUGGCAAGUCUGUCAGUUAGAUAAAAG